CCUUAUAUAUGGGGCCAAGCGGAAGUAGUCGGACGCCAUUUCGUGGCGGUGCUGCAAGUGGCCGUUUCGCACCCACCUGCUGUGACGACAGCGGACAAACCGCUGUUUUGGUUUAUUUUUUUAAAUUUUAUUUUUUCUUGUUACAAUUGGAAAGCUACAAAACACCCAACCCGAUGGAAGCGGCGCUCAAUUCGUCUCAUCAAAGCUCCGCGGUGGGGCUGUCCUGCGGUGGGAUGGACCCGCACACUAGCACCGGCAAGCGCAUCCGCAAGCCCUCGCUGCUCUACGAGGACUUCGAAAGCCCCUCGCUGCCGCACGCCAUGCCGGCGGGUCCGCCUGCCCCUCCGCAGCCCUCCGUCAGGGACCCGUUCCGGCUGGGCCGCGCCACCAACCAGCUGCAGUACCUCCAGAAGACCCUGCUCAAGUGCCUUUGGAAGCAUCACUUUGCGUGGCCCUUCCACGAGCCAGUGGACGCUCACAGGCUCAAUUUGCCUGACUACCACAAGAUCAUCAAGCAGCCCAUGGACAUGGGCACCAUCAAGAAGCGCCUGGAGAAUAACUUCUACCGCUCUGCCAGCGAGUGCAUCCAGGACUUCAACACCAUGUUCACCAACUGUUACAUCUACAACAAGCCAACCGACGACAUCGUGCUGAUGGCCCAGUCCCUGGAGAAGGUCUUCCUCCAGAAAGUGGCUCAGAUGCCUCAAGAUGAGGUGGAGCUGUCCGCGCCUGCCCCCCGCAAGAAGAGCAGCCAGGGACGUGGCCGCAAGACGAGCCCCAUGCGUGCGCAGCAGGUUCCCGCCGUGUCGCAGUCUGCCUACUCGCCGUCCUCCUCGGACACGGGAGAGUCCAUGCUGGCCAAUUCCCCGCAGACAGUGCUGACCAAGAGCCUGCCUCCGGCUACCAUCAUGGGCCUGCCUCCCACGCAGCCCACCACAAAGAAAAAGGGCGUUAAGCGCAAGGCGGACACCACCACUCCGUCCACCAUGGGCUUGACGGUGGGCAUGUCGGCGGAGGGACACGGACACAUGGUGGGCUUGGGCAAGGGAGGCCACGGCGGGCAGGUCCAUGAAUCCUCCAUGAACGCCAUCUCCUGCAUGGGCACCAUGACCCUGGAGACGCCGGCAGGCAUGGGCCUGGUCCACAGCCCUGGCGGGCCCAUCCUGCUGCAGCCCAUGAUGUCGGUGGUGGGGCGGCGUGUGGGCAGCGGGCGCCCUAUCAAGCCACCCAAGAAGGAUCUGCCAGACUGUGUGCAGCUGCAGCCGUUGCGAAAGGGAAAGCUGAGCCCGGCCUUGCGCUACUGCUGCGGGCUGCUCAAGGAUAUGUUCUCCAAGAAGCACGCCGCCUACGCCUGGCCCUUCUACAAACCCGUGGACGCCGCCGAGCUCGGCCUGCACGACUAUCACGACAUCAUCAAGUGUCCCAUGGACCUCUGCACCAUCAAGAGGAAGAUGGACGGUCGCGAGUACCGUGAUGCGCAGCAGUUUGCUGGCGACGUACGCCUCAUGUUCUCCAACUGCUACAAGUACAACCCACCCGAUCACGACGUGGUGGGCAUGGCCCGCAAGCUGCAGGAUGUAUUUGAGUUCAGCUUCGCCAAGAUGCCCGACGAGCCGCAACUUGACCACAGCGCCUUGUCCCUGAGUUGCCACCCCACGUCCUCCUCCUCCUCUUCCUCUUCUUCCUCCUCGACCUCCUCGUCAUCCACGUCCGAGAGUGAGCCCAGCAGUGAGAGCGAAGAGAGCAGCCCCAGCUCGGACAGUGAGGAGGAGCGAGCCCACCGGCUGGCUGAGUUGCAGGACCAGGUGUGCACGCAGCUUCGAGCUGUGCAUGAGCAGCUGACUGCGCUCUCCCAGGGCCCCAUCGUCAAGCCCAAGAAGAAGCGUGAGAAGAAGGACAAGAAGGAGAAGAAGAAGCACAGGAAGCCAGACAAGCGCAGUCGCGCAGCCAAGAACCGAGCGGGCUCCGAGGAGUGGACCAUGCCCACUAAAAUGCUCAAGAGCAAAGCGUCACAGGGAAGCGCAUCGCAGCUCAAGAAGAGCCAAACUAAGAAGAGCAGCAAGAGCAGCAAGAGCUCCAAGAAGCCUUUCUACCCGCUGUUGCCGGCUGCCAUGCUGCCGCACUACGACUCUGAGGAGGAGGAGGAAAUUGUGCCCAUGACUUACGACGAGAAGCGGCAGCUGAGCCUGGACAUCAACAAGCUUCCGGGCGAGAAGCUGGGUCGUGUGGUGCACAUCAUCCAGUCGCGGGAGCCCUCGCUGCGCGACACCAACCCUGAGGAGAUUGAAAUCGACUUUGAGACGCUCAAGCCGUCCACACUGAAGGAGCUGGAGCGCUAUGUCAUGACGUGUCUGCGGAAGAAGCCGCGCAAGCCCUACACCGACCAAGCAGUGAAGAAAGGCGGCGUGGUCAAGUCCAAAGAGGAGCUGACCCUGGAGAAGCGUCUGGAGCUGGAGAGGAGGCUCCAGGACGUCAGCGGACAGCUCAACUCUGCCAAGAAGCCUGCCAAACCUAAAGCGGAGAAGGCCAACCCCGCCGAGGCCCACACGCAGCCCUCGCGCCUCAGCGGCAGCAGUUCCAGCUCGGACUCGUCAUCGUCCUCCUCCUCCUCGUCAUCCUCGUCCUCAGACACCAGUGAGUCAGACUCCGGCUGAGCUCUUUGCGGCUAAAAUAGAAAAUAUUAAUAAUAAUAAUAAUAAUAUAAAGAAGAAGCAACUCAGGGACUUGGGCUGGCCCAGGAUGCGACACUCCCUGAAAACGGACUACUGUAUUGAACUCCUUUUGAAUGUUAGACUUGAAGGACGUGUGGGGAAAAGAAACAAUUGAAAUAGAACACUUAAUGCCUUUGCUUUCUCCCGCCUGCUUUUUUUUCUUUGUUUGUAAAUAAGAUGUACAAAAAUGUAUGUUUCUUUUAUAAAGAAACAUUUUAUGAUUAUUUCCACCACCCAGAGAAGGACGUGGUGCAAGUCUUCUUUGGAUGUAUUUAUUUAUUUGAAAACUCGACAAAUGUUUUUGGCUAAUCCUCAUUAUCUCCCUCCUUUUCCCUUUAUGGACCCUGCUUUAUCUUAAACACAUGUCGAUGAACUGUGUAAAAGCUGCUUGAGCAUUUAUUUGACAUCCAUCUUAAGGUCUAUCUACUAGUAUGCCCUUUGUCCUCACUAGUAAGAAAAUUCAGUGUGACUAGAGCGCAGAACAACUCUGGCUUACUAGUGUUAAAAAAAAUAAAUAAUAAAUUCUACUAUUAAAGGACAACUUUGGCAUACUAGUAGAACAACUACAUGUUACUAGUGAGGCAAAACCGUGCACCUGUGCACUUCUGGUGAAGCGCUAGAUGUUCUGCACUUCUGGUGAAGCGCUAGAUGUUAACUGGUGCACGGUUUUGCCUCACCAGCAAUAUGUAGUUCCUCUCGUAUGCCAAAGUUGAUCUACUAGUGAUGUCAAAGAGUAUAUUAGUACAGGGAUCUUAAGCUAAAUAUUGGAGCAUUUAUGUGACAUGCUAUGUAUGUGACAUACUUUAGAUCCAGCUUAAGGUCCAUGUACUAGUACACUCUUUUGCCUCACUAGUAAGACAAUUAAAUGCUUUUGUAGAACAACGCAAGUGUGCUAGUAGAACAACUGUGUUAUUAGUAGUUAUUUCAACUACUCUGAAAUUUAUGCACAACAGUAGGACAGUACAUGUUACUAGUGAGACAAAACACCAGUGCACUCGUUGACAUCUGUAUGCUGCUAGUGACUUCAAAGCAUACUGGUACAUGGACCUUAAACUGGACAACAAGGGUAUGGAAUAAAUUCUCAAACUGCUUUAUGGCACGCCAUUUGAGCAUUUAUUUUAUCUUACUCGUGAGGACAAAGAGUAUACUAGUACAUAAACCUUAAGCUAGAUAUGAAGGAAUAGAAUAAAUGCUCAAACAACUUGUAAUAUGGAACGGUGACACUGCAAGCGCAAUAUGAAAUUUUUCCAUAAUUAUUCUUGACGUCGCGGCAUCCUGUUGUCUACAACUAAAAGCAGCCCCACAACUUGAUUUCAUUCCUGGAUUGUCGUCACUGUUACAAGAAAGCAUGCUGAACAUUUGGCAUUUAUCCAUUCCAAACAUGUUCACGGUUCAGAAUGUAAAUGAUUGAGCACCACGCUGAUUUGUGGAAGUAAUGCCUGUAUAUUCUUAAAAGUGUUUAUGCUGUUGCACAAAAACUACUGCAUCUGCCCUGCUGUUCUGUUCCCUGAGGUGCCCUUGUCCUUUUUACGCUGCUCUUUACAAUACUUCUCUCAUUCCGGUUUAGCAUCACUGUUGUUGUUUGCUCACUUAGAGCGACUCCGGCCUCUUGACGCACCCCCUCCCCCCCCAGUUGAAAGCUUUGUUCAUUAAAAUAAUCUGUAAACACAA